AUGACGGAUCAAUUCGCCUUCUCCUAUCCAUCCCCGCUGGAGGGUUAUGAAAACCUCGAGCCCUUGUCUGAGUUAGUGUCACGCGAGUCGUUUGCGAUAUACGGCGCAAUACCCACGACUAGCAUGCUAACCAUCCGGAAAAUCAGAGAGCGCAACGACGAUGGCAAGUCCUUUAAGAACCCCCAGCACGGUGUUCUCAGCAAAGCCUACGAAGAAUUCCCCGAUCCACUGUGCAAAGACCGUCGCGGUGGCUUCGACAUUCAUAUCUACCAUUUCCAGACGAAUCCCGAUCAAGUCGCAUAUGCCAAAGCCCUAUGGGAGCGCAUCCGACGUGAAUUCCCCGAACUCCGCAUUUAUGCCUUCUUCGACAGACCCAUCGGCCCGCAUCCGGUCGCCAUGUUCGAAGUCAACCUCUUCACGCCGGCACAAUUCGGGGCUUUCAUCCCCUGGCUGGUGAUUAACCGGGGACCGCUUAGUGCGUUGGUACAUCCAAAUACGGUGGAUGAGGAGGAGGAGCGGAAUCAUACACAGCGGGCGACGUGGUUGGGGGAUCGGAUUCCGUUGGAUUUGAGGGUUUUUAAGUUGAUGAAGGAGAGGCAGAAGAGGGAGGAGGAGGCGGAGAGAGUGAAGGCGAAAGAGAAGGAGGGGAGGCUGUAG